AUGUCGCUCUCACCCAUGGACGUGCGUUCCGUGGGAACGUGUGUUUCCGCUGUGAUAACAUCGUUCAUCGAUGCUGCAGGACUGAUGCAGCGAAUGAAGGCUUCCGAAAACUUACUCACGCACGAGAUUACAUCCGACUUUGAGAACUCCCUUCUCCUUGGGCCACCGAUUGUGCAGGGGCAAUAUGAGCAAAGCAUCCGCCAGUUUAGAGGCGCCUACGAAUUAGGGGACCAAAUUGCCCGGGAGACGUUGAAGGAUAUCGUUAUCAGCCUACAGCUAACAGUGCUGGCUACCCUGCGUAUGGCUCUGCUUGAUAGCAUCAGCCCGGAUUUUGCGAGUCUGCAAGUCGCUUCAGACAAUGCGCGUGUUGAGACUCUCAUGUGCUUAUACAAGCUGGCCCAGCGUAUCGGCAUGAGCCCUCCUCGGUAUAGCCCCGAACAUUCCCUCACCCCAAAGCAGCCAGCUUGCAGUUUCGCUCCAGACAAUGCACGGCAAAAUUCAUCCCACUCCCCCCCUUCCCACGGUGCCUCAUCUUUUGAUAUGCGGGCAAACCUUGUAUCCCCAAGUGAAGCCCCGUUUCUAGCGCCCCUUUCGUCGCUCUCCCCUUCCUCCGUAGAUUCCGCAUUCACUGAAGACGCCGGGACACCAAGCCUCGACCACUCCGUUGGGAGUUUCUUUGGUGGACGCCGGUUUCCGUAUUCGCCAGUCAGUCAUUCCAGCAGGCAGCCCCGGCAAGAAGGCUCAAUCCCGACUAAACGACGGGUCACGAAUCGGCCAGAUAGCAUCUACAGCGAGAGUAUCUACAGCGAAAUGUCAUCACACCCAGUAGUCCCUACUGAAACAACCAAUGAAAGCGAUAUAUCAUCUUUUGGGGUCUCUAGCCACCAAACUUCCCACAAAGACAUAUCCGAACUCCCCAAAGAGCAAAGCACGUCAUCAAACCGUUCCGGAUCAUUGCUUUCUGGCUUCCAGGAUCGAAGAAAGCGGAUUUCUAUCUCAUCGGGCGAGAAGCCCGUUCCUCGUUCGGGCUUCCAUUCAGUACUCGGUUUUGGGGAGAAGCCACACUCUGUACAAAAUAAUUCCGAAAACGGUGCUCAAAGCGAGCGGAAUCUAGCAUAUUCACAGACAGGGAGCCCUAUACCGGGGGCUCUAUAUCUCCCUUGCGAGGAAAAUAAAUUUGCUGGCUUCUGCAAAGGCGCAUGGAAACUCCAAAAUGCCAUGAAAAAAUCAUUUCGCCUUGAUUUCAGACGUACAACUACAUACCUGCAGAUCUCCACUUGGCGCUGUACAAAGUGCUGUUUUGAGGGCCCCAUGGGCCACUCACCGGCGGCUGCCCGUGGUUCCUCAUCGUCACCCGCCCAGGGGUUUGCUCGUACGACGCCCCUAACGGAAAGCUCAUCAAAGGAUUUUGACCAAAGUGUCCGCCUUCAUAGUUCUAGUGGCGUUAGGUAUCGCUGGGCCUUCCUGGCAAAAAGCCAUAUUCCAAUACGAUCAACACUUAAGCGAACCGACGGAACCGGAGGAAGCUUCGGGUGUAUAUACUGUUGCGCUGAGCAACAGGGCCCUGCGCCGGUCUUUGCGGACAUUGACACGUUCAUGGAACAUUUGAAGCUUCACGGCGGGGCUGCGGGCGGCACGACUGACGCGCAAGCCAAGCGGGUGCCUUCGCAGGACUUGUUAAACUGGACCAAGUGCAUUAUUGGCCGGGUUGCGCCAGAAGACGAAGGGUUUGAUCUCAAUAUACCCAAGAUAGUUGCAGAGAUUGGAAUCUGA